GAUGUCCAUAAAGUGGUGGUGGCGGUGUAGUCCGGUCGGCCGGCUGGAUCUGAACGACGGAUCACGGAUCUGAACUGAUCUAAACUCUAAACUGAGCCCGUGUUCGUAGCUCAUGUAAUGUUUGUUGCGGUCUGCAAAUUUCGUGUACAAAAACAAUGGGGAAAAAGGUGAAAGACUUUCAAAAACAAAAACUAAGGGUUGGAAAGAGACUUCCAAAAGGUCUAAAUGUGACGGACACGAGUUUCAAGUCAAAGCGGAUCAUAGUACCUCAGAAAACACCGAAAGCGUCGUCUGGAGGGCCGCUCACAACGUGGAAACACAGCAUACAAGACAUAAUAUCCAAGCUCCACAACUACUCUGGUACUACCCGUCUUAGCGCAUUGGAGGAACUGAAAGAAUUUGGCUCUUCUCAUCCAGAAGCGCUGACUCCUCACUUGAAGCCAUUACUAGAGACCCUCGGACCUAUCUGCUCGGAUAGAACUGAGGCCGUGCGACAGUCCGCGCACAAGGUUCUGAAACUGGUCCUCAACUCGGUUACACAGGACCGGCUGUCGCCUUUUGGACCCCUCUUGCUGUCUCAACUUGGCUGCGCUGUCAACCACAUUUCUGAUGACGUACGCACGGACGCCCUGAACUUGCUCGGCAUAAUGCUCGAGUGUGUUCCGUCCAUCGUCAUAUCGACGCCCUAUUCCGUGCUGCACAACUUCCUCCACAUGAUCUCAACGUGUCGAGAGACUGCGCCUCAUUCCUCCCAGCGGAGGCGUGUGUUGGCGACGCACCUAAAAAAGAAGUUCACAAACGUGGAGUGGUGGGCACGCGUGCUCGCCAAGCUCGAACAGUUUUUGAAAGUGGCUCUGAAGGCAUGGUACACAGACAAGGAAAACUCUGUAGAAAGUAAAGAGUGCACCAGAGUUCGAAUAACGGGCUCCAGCGGUGGUGUCGCGCUCUACAAGACCGGCCUGACGCCGACGUCCGCAAGCGGAUUCUCGUUGUACAUGUCCCUCCUGGCUUCUCCUCAUGGCUGCAGGGAGUCUGCGAGGGAGUUUUCCAUGGAGCUGGUUCACUUGCUUCUUGAUAUGUGGACCGAAGCAAAUCCUACGUCGUCUGCUGGUGAAGCACUGGAAAGAGGUGCAGUAGCCCUUAUGUACAGUAUCCUCAAGGUCCUCCUCUUGGUCAUCAACUGGCUCAAGAGAGAAAACUCUGCAAAUGUCCAGUGGUUCGAGGAUACCUUUGGCAAGUCACUGGCGUCCCACUUUGCCUCGCGCUUUCCCUUCUCCCUCGACUGCAUUGGGGCAGCAAGGGCUGUGAAACGGAGCCCGUUUGAGAGGGAGAUCUCUCCGACAACUCUCAACCUCAGUGUGUGUGAGGUCUUGGCCACUCAACUCAGGGUGGUGCCCAGCAGCCAAUGCUCUGUCAUGCUGCAGUACUUCAGGAGCCUCCUUGGACAUGAAGGACAUGUUCGUCCUGGUGAUGUGAAGACCGUACUCAAGGUUUCGCAGCUGCUGCUGCCUCACGUCAGCGCUAAAGACCGUCUGUCCCUCGUGGAGUCCGUGUGGAACAUAUACAACUGCAACGAAACCCUCUACAAGGCUGACACCUACCUCAUCCUCGAAUUUUUCUACCAGUUGCUCCUGGACUCCCGUCGUGCAGUAGAGCCUUUGUCUCCCGUCUUGAGCGACUUUUUGCGAUCUCUUCCCGAGCAGGCCUUGGCCAUGAUGAUUGAAGAGGAGCCCGAUUGGCGUGUCUUACCUUUUCUGUGCAAGGUGGCUGUGCUUCAGGUGUUCCAGUUCGCAGAAAGCUUCAAAAAAUGCAGCCUGCACUACGUUGACCUCCUGGAAUCCUUAACGGAGGACUCUCAUCAGCGCACAAUAAUUGGACUGCUCUGCCGCACAGCCGACCUGGACGAAGAGCACAUGAGGAGGUUAUUCGGAGUCAUUCCAAAUCUGUCGGACGAAAACACGCUGUAUCUCCUCCAGCUUCUCUUGGCUAGGUGUGCAGAUUGUAAGGAGGACCCUGCAUAUUUGGCGAGCUAUUACAGCUUCCUUCUCAGUGUCACAACAGGCAUGUCCAGCAUGAACGCCAUGGCGCUAGAAAGGGCGUGGUCAGACGAGUCCAGCUGGCCCACGCUGAAAGAACUGCUGCCGGAGCUGUCUACAGCUCAAAUCGUCCCUCAGGACUUUGCCAGCGUUGCCAACCACGUGCCCGUGGUUGAGGUUGCUUUAGUGUCUCUGGGGAUGUUUCCUGCUCAAGGUGACCUGGAAUGGAUAGUAGCCCCUUUCCUGGACCAGUUUUUUAAGACAUAUCGUGUCGUCUCUUGCACGGCUGUUGUGUCCCUACUGAAGAUCGUCUGCCACAAAGUGCCCAGUCUGCAUACGAAGUUUGGAAGCCUCUUUCUCAGCAUGGCUGCCAGCAUCCUGUGCGUUGCAGUGCACGUUGGCAACUCUGAGGAAGAGAAGAGAUCUCGAGAAGUCGUCCUAGCAGCCUUAAAAGAAUAUCUACAACUCUGUAGUUGCACGCCGGCCAUACUCAACAUGUUGGUGCAAGCGAUGCAGCUGCCCUUAUCUUUGGCAUGCUUACGUCUGCUAGCUGGUAGUAUGCACAUCUUACUACAGCAGGGCCUGCUGGAUGUGCACGAGAAAGCUGUUGCUCUAGACAGCCUCAGCACCAUCAAGGGUCAAGAGGAUGUCCAAUAUCAACGGUGGUAUUGCAACAUAGUCUACGAUUUCGUCCGCCAAGUUCCAAAGUCUGCAGACUCGUGACAGGUGGGAAUUUCCAAAGAAAGUACGAGAGGCGAAUGUAUGUUGAGAAAUGUACAUGGUAAUGUUUAUUGAUUUUUAGAAAAAAAGAAGUACACUCGACAUUGAUGUUCAAUAAAUAAGACACAGUACA